AUGCUCGGCCAAACCGCUCUUCUGGCUCUUGCCGCCCUCCUCCCUGCCUCCCUUGGACAAGUAAUCGAGGGCUUCGAAAAUGGUUGGGAUCAAACUACGUGGCCCACCUACGCAGCCGAUUGCAGUCAAGGUGGCAAGGUCAGCCUCGACAGCUCAAAUGCGCACAGCGGAAAGAACUCAAUUAGGGUUGAUGGGGCAGGUGGAUACUGCGGACACAUUUUCGUUGGCACGAACAAGGUCCCCAGCGGCGACGUUUAUGUUCGAACAUGGCUGAAAGCCUCCAAGGCGUUCACGGACUCGCACGUUACAUUCAUCACCAUGCCAGACUCCGCUCAAGGAACCAAGAAGCAUCUCAGAAUCGGCGGCCAGAGCAAGAUCCUCAUGUAUAAUAGAGAGAGCGAUGACGCCACGCUGCCUGAGUUAUCUCCCCAGGGUAUCGCUUCCUCUACCAGCCUGCCUGCAAACCAGUGGAAGUGCUUCGAGUAUCACCUUGGCCCUGAUGGCAGCAUUGAGACUUGGUUGGACGGCAACGUCAUUGCUGGUCUCACUGUCAAGUCCGGUGUCUCCAAUCCCUAUGCUUCUCAGUGGCAGAGGAGCAGCAUCAAGCCUAAGGUCACGGGCAUUUACUUCGGUUGGGAGUCCUAUGGCGGAGAUUCCAACACCUUCUGGUAUGAUGACAUCGCGAUCAACUCAACUCGCAUUGGAUGCACAUAA